UCCUACAUGUCGGUAUGUCGUCAUAUGACGCAUGACGCAUAUUUCGAUUCAAUUGAAAACCGUAUUAAUUCUGCACUAGGCGUAUCCUGCGCGUAGAUUUUAAGUGUAAACCUUCCCAAUUGUUGUACAGACGUACUAAAACAGUUUUCAUCGCUUUUCCUAAAGAGGAAACAGCAAAAAACAUGGCUGUCUACAACCCGCAAGUACCAUCCUUGUACAACAUCCCUGGCGGGUUCUACCCGGGCAAGAUGGUGCGCGUUCAGGGCAGCACGCCUCCCGGUGCGCAGCGGUUCGCGAUCAACCUGCAGUGCGGGAUGAGCACAGACCCUCGUGACGACAUAGCGCUCCACCUCAACUUCCGCUUCGUGGAGAGGUGUGUCGUCCGCAACCACCUGACGGCCCUGUCCUGGGGUGCCGAGGAGACCGCCGGCGGCCUGCCUCUAGUGCCCGGACAACCGUUCGAGGUGCUCGUACUGUGCGAACCCCAUGCUCUCAAAGUGGCGCUGAACGGGCAGCACUUCUGCGAGUUCCCACACAGGAUCCCGUUCCAGCGGAUCUCGCACAUAACCUUCGACGGUGACGUGACCAUCCAGAUGUUCGCCUUCGAGGAGACGCAGACACAGCAGCAGCAGUACAUGCCUCCGCCGCCGGCGUACGGACCACCUCAAGGUUACGGUCCACCGCCCCCGGCAUACGGACCACCGGCCGCAGGUUACGGCCCUCCGCCACCUCAAUAUGGACCACCACCGCCUCCUCAGGCCGCAGCAGCCCCAGCGACCAACACACGUGGCGGCGGGUUGGGCAGGAACCUAAUGUCGAUGGCCGCGGGAGCCCUAGGGGGCGGAGCGCUAGGCGCCCUGGCCGGUCGCCUCGGAGGGGGCGGAGGCGGCGGCGGCGGCGGCGGCGGAGGCGGAGGACAUACUGACCAGUCUGUACCAGGUGGAACUUCAGGUGCGCCUCCGGGUGAGGGAUUCGGACUCGUUCCUGAACUGAUAUCGCAACCAGAACCAGAACCGGAACCAAAUCUAGAUGUAGAACCGGUACCAGAGUUGGAACCGGCACCGGAACCGGAAGCUGAGCCAGAACCAGAACCGAUACCGGAACCAGAACUGGAACCGGAACCGGAGCCUGAGCCAGAACCAGAACCGGAACCUGAGCCAGAACCGGAACUGGAACCGGAACCGGAACCGGAACCGGAACCAGAACUGGAACCGGAACCAGAACCGGAACCGGAACCUGAACCAGAACCGGAACCAGACUUUGGAGGUGAUGACGAUUGGAUGGAGUGAAGAUUGAAAUACCCACCUUCCCAUUUAUUUAUUAUUUAUUAAGUUAAGGAUGCAGAAUUUGCGGUAGAGUUUGCCGCUCUAUGAUUGGCUUGCACAGCCAUGAAAGAAAGUGCAUUUCUUCGAGGCAAUGACGUCAUAAAUCGUCUGAAACAGACGUAUAAGGCCAAUGAUGAUGAAGGAUACGAACUAGGUAUUUUAUUUUGUCAAAUUAUAUUGGGAAGGAAAAAAAAUAUAAUGAGACUUUCCAGGUUACGUUCCCCCAAAAAAUAUAUGUAUAAAAUAAAAAUAAAAUCAUAAUAUGUAUUAAAUAUAUAUAUUUAUAUAAUAUAAUAAUAAUAUAAUCACACCACAUUUAGAUUAAACUAUCUUAAGGGGCCUCUAUGUGUUGGCAUCGGCCCCAC